AUGAGGGUUGCAGCCCUGAUCGCCAUCCUGGCCCUUGCGGCCGUCGCUGACGCGAGCCGCGAGGACGUCCUUGGCCGGAGGUCCCUCCUGCAGAGCUACAAGGGGCACAGCGAUUACAAGGAGCCCAAGUACUGCAAGGACUGGAAGGACCACACCGACUGCCCGAAGGACCACGAGUGCGUGGCCCUCGACAAGAAGUUCUGCAAGUCCGAGCCCGACUGCCACAAGGACGCGUACGGCAAGGAGCAGUGCACAUACAAACAAGUCUGCUGGGAAUAUCACUGCGUGGAGAAGCCCCGCCACUGCGACCCGUACGCCAAGUACGACGAGUGCGAUAAGUACUACGACGAGAAGGAGCACGGCUAUGAGUGGGAGUGCAAGAAGCUCGACAAGCCCGUGUGCACCUACAAGGACAAGUGCACGCCCUACAAAACCGACCGCUGCAAGGAGUACGGGUACGAGGACAAGUGCGAGUACGUGAAGGGCGGGUGCAAGACCUACGCGCAGAAGAAGGAGUGCAAGUACAGGGACGAGUGCUACAAGUACAAGCAGGAGAAGAAGUGCGACAAGGAGAAGGUGUGCAAGGAGUACAAGCAGAUCACGACCUGCGUGGACAAAUGCGACGGCUACGACGCCUACGGCAACUGCAACCGGUACGGCAAGGACUGCACAUACAAGAAGGGCCCCUGCAAGGAAUACGAGUACAAGGAGAAGGACUGCAAGUACGUGGACACCGACUACUGCAUCCAGUACAAGAAGGUGGAACACGACUGCAAGUACGUCAACACGCACUGCAAGGAGUACAAGCAGGAGAAAAAGUGCCACAAGGUCAAGAAGGGGUGCAACAAGUACGAGUACAAGGACAAGUGCGAGAAGGUGGAGGACGUGUGCUGGAAGGGCAAGUGCGUGAAGAAGCCCCCGCCCCCCAAGUACCCUCCCCACAAGCCCGACCCAAAGCCAAGGUACCCUUCUCACUCACCCAAGUACAACGGGUACGGCAACGGGUACGACGACAGCAGGGGCUAG